AUGGCAGCCCUGUCUUCAGAGACCACCAACGCCAUGGUUCAAGCCAUGGACGAAGUGACCUCUGACCCCAACAAGAUCCCAGGUUGUGUCUUCGUCGCUGUCGACAAGGCCGGGAAGACGCUCUUUCAGCACGCGAGCGGCGUGCGUGGCACCGAUACCGCAGAGCCCAUGACACUGGACACAGUUUUUUGGAUCGCGUCAUGCACGAAAAUGAUAGGCGGCAUAGCAGCUAUGCAGUUGGUGGAGAAGGGUAUACUUCGCCUUGAUGAUGCCGAUCUAGUAGAGCGUAUAGCCCCGGAGCUGGUCCACAUCAAAAUCCUUAAAGGCUUCGAUGACACAGGCCGCCCGCAGCUAGUGGACAAGAAGAAUAGGAUUACGAUGCGCAUGCUUCUGAGCCAUACCGCUGGCUUCGAAUACACUUUCUUUAAUGAAAAGGUUCGCCUUUUCGGCAAGCCUGUUGGAAUCGACGAAGUCAACGCAGAUGCCCAUGGUAUAUUGUCGCAACCACUCUUGUACGAGCCAGGGACCGACUGGAGCUAUGGCGUCGGCAUCGAUUGGGUCGGUAUCAUCAUCGAACGUCUGACCAAAAUACCUUUGAACACGUAUUUUCAGACUCACAUUUUCGCUCCACUGGGGUUGCAUCACAUUACCAUGCUACCGACUCCGCAAAUGAUUUCGCAGCUCGCACACAUGCAUCAAAAAUCGCCCGGCCAGCCUCUGCGCGCACGCGAUCAUCCAUAUCGGCUACCUUUGACAGCGCCGCCGCAAGAGCAGCAUCGUCUCUUCAAUUCCGCUGGCGCCGGCUGCUUCGCUCGCCCUACGGACUACGCGGUAAUCAUAUCCGCCCUGCUGAAUAAUGGUACCCUGGCGACUACUGGGCAAUCGAUUCUUUCCAAGGCAUCCAUUGAUGAGAUGUUCAAGAACCAAGUCCCUAAUUUUCCUAAUCUUGGCCGUAAGGGUAUCAAGACGGCUAAGCCGCCUUUCACAAAUGAUAUUCCAGACUUUUAUCCGCAGAUUGCUGAAGGAGGUGAGAGCAAGCCACAAGGAUGGGGCUUGACAUUCAUGUUGCUAUUGGAGAGUCAUCCACCCACAGGUAGAUCGGCAGGUACUGCGUGGUGGGCUGGUCUGCCAAAUUUGUUUUGGUGGGCAGAUCGUGAGACGGGAGUUGGAGGAUUGAUAGCCACUCAAAUUUUGCCAUUCUGUGAUCUCGACGUUAUUAUGUUGAGGGAUAAGCUUGAGAAAUUAGUCUACGACGGGCUCAGCUCUGAGGGAAAAGAUGACGGGUACCAGCAAAAAAUCAUGGCGACAAGAGCUUGA